AUGAGCCAGCUGCCCGUCCUUCUGUGGACGCUGCUCUCGAGCAUGCGCGAGGAUGUCUGCUAUCUCCCGCCUGAGCUCCGGGCCGAGAUCCGCGGCUACAGGCCGCUGGUCCAGAGCAUCUUGUCCGAAUUUGUCGCAGGUGCGGAAAGCGGCAGUACGUACGCAGACCUGGCCUACUUCGCCGACAAGUUCGGUCACAGGGUGGUUGGCUCCGCAAGUCUGGAAGACGCUAUAGACCACCUGGUGAGCGUGCUCCGCCACGCCGGGCUGGACCAUGUGGCGGCCGAGCCUGUCCACACGCCGGUGUGGUCUAGGGGCCCGGAGAAGGUGACCGUGGUGUCCCCGCGUGUCCUGGAGAUGGACGUCCUGGGGCUCGGAGGCUCGGUGUCGACGCCACACGCGGGGAUCACCGCCCGAGUCGUGGUCGUCGAGUCAUUUGAAGAACUGGAAAGACGCGGCCACGAGGUGAACGGAACCAUCGUGGUCUUCAGGCCCAAGUGGCGCGACUACAAGAGCUACGUAGUGUACCGUGAGCGGGGCCCGUCCAUGGCGGCCAGGUACGGAGCCGUCGCGACGCUGGUGCGUUCUGCGGCACCGUUCUCGCUGUACACGCCUCACACGGGAAAGCUGUCGUACGACGACGAAGCGCCUCGCAUCCCCGCAGCCGCAGUCACCGUGGAGGACGCCGACUUCCUGGCUAGAGUCGCCGGCCGAGGGGAAGAGGUCAAGGUUCGCCUGGAGAUGAGCAACAGCCACACGAACGGGACGUCGAGGAACGUGGUUGCGGACAUUACCGGAACGGCCCACCCAAGCCAGUACGUCAUACUGGGCGCCCACACGGACAGCUGGGACGUGGGCCAGGGCGUCAUGGAUGACGCCGGCGGAGUCUUCAUCACCGUCAAGGCCUUGUCUUACCUGCGCAAGCGGGGCCUGAGGCCCCGGAGGACGCUCCGCGCAGUGCUCUGGACUUCGGAAGAGAACGGACUCGUUGGGGCCGCCGAAUUUGUGCGAAGGCACCAGGACGAACUAGAAAAUGUGUCGCUGGCCAUCGAAUCCGAUACGGGCACGUUCGCGCCGUACGGACUGACCACGUCCAGCGAGAACAACCUGACGCAGUGCAUCAUGCGCGAGGUCUUGUCCCUGAUGGCCCCGAUAGGUGCCACCACGCUGGAGCGGAGCGUUCGGGGCUCGGACGUGGACAAGCUCCACGCCUUGGGCGUCCCGGUGUCGACGCUACUGAAUCGCAAUGAGCGCUACUUUCACUACCACCAUACCAGGGCGGACACAAUGAGCCUGAUGAACAGCCGGGAUCUCGACCUCUGCACCGGCUUCUGGGCUGCUGUGGGCUAUGUCUUUGCGGACCUGCGUGACAUGCUACCCAGAUAACGCCGCGCCUCAACGCAGCACGUGACACUCACUCAGGACAGGUCCCUCCCUUACGCGUUGCAACGGGUUCCCAGUCCGGGGUGUAGUUGCAUGAAAGCAAAGGUGGGACUUGGGGGGGGGGGGGGGGGGAUGGAAAAUGCAUCUGCAUACUAAAUCUUUCUCCGCUUAAUGCUAAAGCGAUAGCCUUGGAUCGAACACGUAUUCGCUUAAUCGCAAUUUAUUCAAACAUAGUCAUUUCUCUUGGCUCAGAAGACACACAGUCCAAUAUUUAGGCGAUUUCGUCGGGAACUUAGCAUAGGGGCUCUUGAAAAGUUAAUCUCAAAUUUAUUUAAGAGUCCAAAUUAUUUUAAAGGUUUCAUAAUACAUUUAUGGAAACGACAGUUUACAUUUGUAGCAGGUAUUGUAGCAGGCAAGCUCAUGUAUUGGAGUAGCUUUGACUCUUUUGGAAUGAAUUUAAGCACGGGUUAGCACAUCACAUACGAAUAAAGCGGUGAUUGGAUCACUAAAUGAGCUACUUUUUAUAAUAAUUUAGGGUUUAUCUUUGAUAUUCAAGCAUAUUACUUAUUAACAUUUGUGCAUAAUGCAUUUAAAUAUUUAGAAAAACUGUACAUUGAACUCAGCUGCCUUUUUUAGGAAUAAGAGUCAGGGCAUUAAUCUUUGUGUUUACAAAAGGGAUCAACAAAGAAAAAUGGUUGAAAAAUAAAUCGAAGCAAGUCACUUCAGGUAAGGUGAAGCAUCCUUACCUUUCUCUUUUUUGUGUAGCCUGCCAAUAAAGCUUACGGAAAUCUCCGGAAGAAACUACCUAAAGCUGUAAAAUGUCGACCAGUAAAAAUAUGAGCCUGCUGCGUGGGAUAUAACUUAACUGCUUAUUAAAGCAUGGUUCUGCGAUUUAGUUUUUUUUUUUCUUCUGCAAAUUUUAAGACAGAAAUAAAACCAAAACCAAUUUUCAUUUUGGAGUUAAUUUUUCAUGAGAGAUGUUAAUUUUAGUUUGACUUAUAACUCAAGAUGGUGUCGAACAUCGUAAUUAUUAUAUAGAAAAAUUGUUUGCGGAAAAUAAAUUUUAAUGCGAAAGCAUCAACUGUCCAUGGCGCGAAGCUGGCGGAAUCUGUAACCACGGAAAAUUUGAAAUAAAUUUCAACUCUCCAGGCGGCGUCUGUAACCACGACAAAA